AUGUUUGUAUUCCAAGCAGAACCUCCAGAUCCUAAAAAAAUACCAGUGGCAGAUGUUGUUGGUGUCACUGUUGUGUUGCUCACAUGUUCAUAUAGGGGCCAGGAAUUCAUCCGUGUUGGUUACUACGUAAAUAACGAUUACACGGUCCCUGAGCUGCAGGCCCAGCCACCAGCAACACCACAGUUCGACAAACUGCAACGCAAUAUUCUCGCAACAAAUCCUAGAGUAACUCGUUUCAAGGUUGACUGGGAUGACAACCCCAGUAGAGCAACAAGUAAUGGAGGUGGUGAGAAUGGUACUGCUGUUAUGGAAAGUGGAAGUACUACAAAUGGCAUGCGCUCAUCCCUUGAGGCAACUAUGACAGCAAAUAGUUUGGAUGGUGGACCUAUAAGGGCUAGUAUAUUAGCUUCUGGAGAGACAAGUAUGGAGAUGUAG